AGCAAGACAUCCAGAAAGGAACGAACUAAAAGCUCUAUCGACAACUCUUAGUGCUAGAUUCUCAUGUCGCUCACGAACUACUUCGAUCCCUUCUUCUCCCUCUCCGAGUUCGACCGCCUCUUUGACGAAGCGUUCGCGGCUCGCUCUGGGGGGAGCACCAUUGGUAACAACCAGGUGCAGCGUCGCAGCGCUGACCCUGACUCACGUCUUUUGAGGCCAAGGAUGGACGUCCACGAAGACGUUCAGAACAACCUCGUAACAGCCACCUUCGAGCUCCCGGGUCUCAAGAAAGAAGACGUCAACAUCGACGUGCAGAACAACCAGCUGAGCGUCUCCGGGGAGACCAAGAUCUCGUCGGAGCGCGACGAGAACGGAUACGCCGUCCGCGAGCGGCGGUACGGCAAGUUCUCGAGGACGCUCCCGCUUCCUCAGGGUAUCAAGCCCGAGGAGAUCAAGGCAUCGUUGGAGAACGGCGUCUUAACGGUGACCUUCCCCAGGACCGCGCCAGAGGCGGCUCCAAAGAAGAUCACUAUCUCGUAACUACUGCUGGGCGGAAGGUGGACAAUCAAUGUAACAUGCAAUGUAAUGUAUAGCUGCAAUGAAUGUACUAUAUAUAUACCGGUGUAUCAUAAAUGCAUAGUAUUAUUUCAUCGU